AUGGCACCCAGCUCCUGCACCACCGAUUCAUCGGAAACACCGCAAUCGACUUCAGCCAAUGCACCACUUAACCCGCUCCAAGAUGAUAUACCAGACGAGCCGACCGCGAAGUUAACGCCCCCAAAAAGCAGUGAAGGGUCUAUUUGGCAGUUGUGGGACGUAGCAUACCAAAACCUACGGUAUCAAGAACAGAGUCUCGUCCAAGAGUUCGAGGACCAGAUAUGUGUCAACUUGGCUGCAGGCCUCGGCGCCGGCAUACGUUCACAUGCCGGAACGAAAGACUGGUUGGCAACGAUCCUCAAGCACAAGAUGGACCAAGUCAACCGGGAGUCUUGGCAGUUGAAAUUUGGCAGCUCCGAGGUGGAAGUCCAGGAUGUUGUAAAGCCCGUACUAGCUGUCGUCGACUGGGCCAAUGACUUCGUUGCCAAAGCUCUGGUCUCAAAUCCAUACGCGUCAAUUGCUUGGAGUGGUGUGAGCUUGUUACUGCCGCUGCUUCUCAAUCCCUUGGAUCAAGCCGCCGCUCUGGCCAAGGGGCUUGAGCAUAUAUCGUCCCUCAUAGUACGAAGCUCUAUGUGGGAGGAUCUGUAUGUCCGGCGUUACGAGUCUAAGACCAGCAAGGCUUCGUCGGAGCCUCAUGCUGCUUAUAGACUCGUCUUGGAAAGACUGUAUAGAGAGAUCCUGAAGUUUCAGAUUGUUUGCUAUCGCUACCACAACCACAAGACUGCCUCUCGCAUGGCGCUUGAUUCUGUGAAGCAUCACGACUGGGAAGAGCUGCUUGAACAGAUCAAAUAUCACGAGACCGAAUUCGACAAAGUAAGCAAUCAUUUGCGGGACCAGACGUAUACAGAUGAAUGGGAGAACGCAGAGGCGCGACAUCAACAAGCCAUGAACCACUGGGAAAAUAUUGGCACGGAUGUUUCCGAUCUGAGAAGAAGGGUUGAGAGAAUACAGAACGAUAAGAAGCGCAAAGAAUUGCUCAACUGGCUUUGCAUCGUUGACCCUUCUGUGCAGUACAAUGCCGCGCGUAGCAAACACCGCAGUAGCACUUGCGAAUGGCUGAUUAAAGACAACGAAGAUUUCAAGACGUGGGAAACAGCGCCAAAAUCCUUCUUGUGGCUCAACGGCAAAGCUGGCUCCGGGAAGUCGAUUCUCAGCUCAUCAGUCAUCAAACACUUGAAAAUGCAGUCAGAGGAGGAUCCUCAGGUUGCGCUGGCCUUUGGGAACAUGGAGCAACAAAAAGUACCCGUCAUGUUAUCUUCGCUCAUUGGCCAACUUUGCGCGAGCCGUCCCGACACGCCACAUUUGAUUAAGAAGUUCGAGAAUUAUAUUGCCAGGAAAGAGCGCCCAGACAUAGAGACCUUUCAAGCCGCACUCAUAGCUGUUGUUCGUGGGUUUUCAGCGGUAUUCAUUGUGGUAGACGCUCUCGACGAGUGUCCGACUCUUGACGGUGAGCGGCCUAGGCUGCUAGAUUGCCUCAAUUGCAUCAUUACUGCAAUGCCAGACAAUCUCCACAUAUUGUGCACUAGCAGAGCCGAGCCGGACAUUGAUACUCGAAUGUACGAGAUAUUGUCUCUGCCGGCCAAGAGCGCCAUCAAUCUUACGGAGACUCAGGUGGGCUUGGACAUAGACUUCGGCCUGUACAUCGACUCGGCCAUGGCUGCCAAAACGUUCCAAUACCUUGUGUGCCAAUUUGAAGUACUUCAACACUUGAAUUCGGAAGAUGCCAUACUUUCAGCACUUGAUGAUCUCCUACUGGGACUUGACGAAACAUAUGACAGGCUGCUUCUAAGCUUGGACAAAGCUUUCCAACCCCAGAUUCUUGCCUCACUGAAAUGGCUAGCUUCGUCCCGCGAGCCGCUAAGUUUAAGGGACUUUGCCGAAGCAUUUGUCUUACGUCCUGAGACUAUUGACAAUUUGGAGAAGAAGCGACUGUUUGAUCCAAAAGGAGUUUUACGAUAUUUUCCUAGCCUCGUGACUACCGAGAAGCGACGUCAUGAAAAUUACUUUGAAAUGGAGACAUGCGUGCGACUCGCUCAUUUCACAGUCAAGGAGUAUCUGACUUCCGAUCGCAUCCAGCAAAGCCGUGCCAAACAUUUCUAUUUCACCGAAGAAAUGGCUCACCUACAUAUCGCCCCCUGCUGUCUGUCCUACAAUCUGUGCCGAAGUGCCGAAGAUAGCAUGGCUGAUGAUCGAGACCGACCUUUGUACAGAUACGCUGUCCUCAACUGGGCAUGGCACUUGGAGAUAGUCCCGCGUACUUCAUGGACGCCCGAGGUACACCAGCUUGCUAAGCGCGCUCUCUUCCCGGGCAAUAAAUUAUUGGGAAGGCAAUGGCGGCCGUACUGUUAUACCGCUGCGCUCGGCGCUCUUGAGCUCACUAAAUGGGUGCUUCGUGAAGAUUCAUGGGCCGGCAAAUUUGUGGUACAGGAAGAUCUCGGCAUGGCCCUUGUAGAGGCAGCAGGGGAAGGAAAUGUUCGGAUUGCGCAAUUUCUUCUCAACAAAGGUGCUGACGCCAAUGCACGAAAUAGUGCGGGUUGUGGUGCGCUACAAGUUGCAACAGACCAGGGCAACGUGGCGGUCAUGGAAGUUUUGCUCGACAGCGGCGCAGAUAUCGAUGCUCCUGAUGAAUACUUUGGGUCACCUCUGCUAGCUGCGGUCAAGAACUGGAGUGAGGCAGCCGUACGAAUGCUGGUGAGUCGUGGGGCCGAUGUACACAAAGCAGGCUUGAAUGGAUCCACUGAAACUCAAGCCAUUGCAAUAAUCGAAACCCUGCUGAGCAUGGGAGCUGACGUGAAUGCUCCAGGAGGAGGGCAUGGUACCGCACUACACAUUGUAUGCUUUGGAAACAGAUUCGGCCUCGCUCUGGCCCGUCUCCUUGUCGAGAAAGGCGCUGAGAUCAACAAGUGGGGAAACCGUCAUGGCACAGCAUUGCACGCAGCCUACGAGAAAGGAUCCCUAGAACUGAUUGAUUUCUUGCAUGGCAAAGGCGCUGACGGUAGUAUAACAGAGGGAGAACAUGGCAAUGCCCUACAGGCUGUGAGCGUUCGACGCAUAAACGGGGGAAAAGAUAAUUUGAGGAUCGUGAAAAACCUUCUCGAAAGAGGCGCAGAUGUCAACGCUUUCGGCGGGAAAUUUGGAAGCGCGCUUCAAGCCGCAGUUUCCAACGACCUCUGCAAUAUUGAACUAGAGAGCUUGCUACUCAGCAAGGGCGCAGAAGUCAACAGGCAGGGAGGGAUAUACGGCACAGCACUUCAAAGCGCUUGCGCAAGUGGCAAAAUGGAAGCAGUGCGCUUAUUACUUGACCAUGGCGCCGAGGUGAAUACUGACGGCGGAGAAUACGGAACCGCCCUUCAGGCGGCCUGUGGAUCUGCACAUUGGUCCAGGUUUCACGAUAACCCUGCAUAUGAUAUCGCGCGGCUACUGAUUGAACAUGGCGCCGACGUCCAUGCUCAAGGCGGGAAGUUCGGGAGCGCCUGGCAUGCUGCAGCCGCGAUUGGCAGCUGGAAAACAAGUAGCAAUGAUUUGUUGAAGCUGCUCCUCGAUCAUGGCGUCGAUAUAAAUGACGGCAGAGGUCGGCAACACGGCACUGCUUUGCAGGCUGCACUCGAGCGUUUUCGCGAUCCCGGCGUCGUCGUCCCGAGAGUCCGCUUUUUGCUCGAACAUGGCGCUGAUGUCAAUAUGGAAGCCGGCCGGUUUGGAUUCCCGUUACAGUCGGCAUGUGUGCCAGCGCCGGCCACAGCGAGUGAGCUUGACACACGAACAAACAUUAAUGGCCUCGUAUUUCUCCUCGAUAACUGCCCGGAAAUCGAUGUCAACAUGAUAGGUGGGCUCCAUGGCACAGCUUUACAGGCAGCAACGUGCACAGGCGAUAUAGAAGCCGUUGAGUUGCUGCUCAGGAAGGGCGCCGAUACCAACACGACAGCCGGGCAACUUGGCACGGCUCUACAGACAGCAGCUUAUGAAGGCGAGCCAGAAAUAGUUGAGUUGCUCCUUGCGAGGGGCUCCGACACAAACAUUCGGGGCGGAAAAUAUAGAAGCGCGCUCAAUGCGGCUAUCUUUAAAGGGUAUUGGGAUAUAGUCGAGAUACUGCUGGACGGCAGAGCAAGGCCAGAUUGUCAUCAGCUUCCCGAACCCGAUGAAAACAAGGAACAUGGGAAGGGUGCUGUGGAUCGUUACAGGAAGUUUUGGGAUAUUAUGAUACUCGAAUGGAGUGAAGGCAAGGUGGUAAAAGGGCAGAAUUACUAG